AUGCGACAUAAACAACGAAAUCAGCAUCAUCGAGGAGAUUUCCAUCGGAACAGUGGAGUUCGCCGUUUGUCGUUAAACUGUGAUAAUAUACCACCACCUCCACAAGUGCGAGUUGAGUUCUUUACCAAUGAAAAAUCAUUGAAGGAAAGAUUACAGCUUUACUUCAUCAAAAACCAAAGAUCUAGUUUACGAAUACGAAUAUUCAACCUUGUAAUCAAGCUUCUAACAUGUGCCCUGUACAUUGUGAGAGUCUCUAUGGAUGGGUUGUCCAAAUGGUAAGUGCCCAAACUAACAGAUCGCUUCCAGGAAAAUCCAUCUAUCAACUGGAACAGGAUCCUGUGGGUGAAUCGUUCUGGUGGUCUAUGGUUCAUCCAGGUGUGGGUCGCUGGAAUUAGCCUUAUAGAAACCAUUCUUGUCCAGUAUCUCAGUUAUAAGGGAAACAUUUUGCAGCAAAUCUUGUCUGUGGAGUUCCUGUUAGAAUUAGUAAACACUGUACCAUUUGUUGUCACAAUUUUUUGGGAACCUCUUCGUAAUUUAUUUAUCCCUGUGUUCCUGAACUGCUGGCUGGCCAAACUUGCUUUACAAAAUAUGUUUAAUGACCUACAUAGAGUGAUGAUGAAAUCUCAGUCAGCCCUUGCUCAACAACUCAUGAUUCUGUGUGCUACUGUAUUGUGCCUUGUGUUUACCAGUAAAAUGAAAUUUCUGAUUGUUUGCAGUGUUUGUGGUAUACAACAUCUACAAAGGGGAGGUAACCAACAGUUCGGACUGUUUGAGUCAUGUUGGUUCUCCGUGGUCACCUUCUCUACUGUAGGCUAUGGAGAUAUAUGCCCUGACAUCUGGAUAUCUCAGUUCUUUAUGAUAUGCAUGAUUGGGGCUGCACUUAUUGUCUUGCCAACACAGUUUGAACAGUUAGCGUUUUUCUGGAUGGAGCGUCAGAAGCAGGGCGGGGCAUACAGCAGUCACCGUGCCCAGACAGAAAAACAUGUUGUCGUGUGUACAACCACUCUCCAAGCAGACACCAUAAUGGACUUCCUCAAUGAGUUCUAUGCCCACCCUAAGUUACAGGAUUACUAUGUAGUGUUAUUAUCACCAUGUGAGCUGGACUCCACAAUGAAGAUGUUACUACAGGUUCCACUUUGGACCCAGAGAGUCAUCUAUAUUCAGGGGUCAGCUCUCAAGGACUCAGAUCUUACUCGAUGUAGGAUGCAGGAUGCUUUAGCAUGCUUUAUCCUUGCGGCCCGAAACCAGAGUGAUAGAACAGCAGCUGACCAGCACACCAUUCUCAGGUCUUGGGCUAUCAAAGAUUUUGCACCAGACUGUGCUCAGUAUGUACAGAUCUUCCGGCCAGAAAACAAAUUCCAUGUCAAAUUUGCAGAGCAUGUGGUGUGUGAAGAUGAAUUUAAGUAUGCCUUACUUGCCAACAACUGUUUGUGCCCAGCCACUUCCACUCUGGUCACACUCCUGUUACAUACCUCCAGAGGCCAUGAGGGGCAGACAUCAUCAGAAGAGUGGCAGAGACUGUAUGGUGGGUGUUCAGGCAAUGAGAUUUACCACAUCAAACUGCGAGACAGUAAAUUCUUUGGGGAGUACGAGGGCAAAAGUUUCACAUAUGCUUCCUUCCAUGCUCAUCGCAGGUUUGGUGUGAGUUUGGUUGGCAUACAACAAUCUGACCUGAAGGAUUCUAAUAUACAAUUGAACCCAGGUCCCAGGCAUAUCAUGAAAAAGUCCGACAUCUGUUUCUACCUAAAUAUCACAAAGGAAGAAAACACACGUACAUUCAACUUGGCUCAGUCCCAGGAGGAGGGAGGCAAGAUGGACCAACAAAACUUGCCUACUGGUGCUAAAGAGGCAUCCAAAGUGGCUAGCAUGAUAGCUAGUGUGGGUACAGUAGCCUUAGAGCUCCAGCAUACACGGGCCAACAUUCCAAACCCGUCCGAGAUCACCCGUCCACCUGCUCCCACUCGUAAGGAUAGUAAGAAGCUUCAACUGGACUUACCAAAGGGCCUCAACAUUGCUAGUUUACAGAAGCGCCCCAGUAUUGCACCAGUUCCGGCAGUGCUGGAAGCCAAUGAUAUCCGUAUACAACUCAGCUCAGAUGUGGAAUCCGAGGAGGAGGAGGAUGACAUUGUGUUUGACUCAGAAAAUGAGCAAGACUCUGAAUACAUCCGAGGGUUUCCUCCUAUCACGCCUUAUGUUGGUACUAGUCCUACUCUGUGUCACUUGAUGAAGGAGAAACGCCCUCUUUGUUGUCUCCAGCUUGCCAAUGCCUGUAAACACUGUAGCUAUAAGACUACAAAGGAGUAUAACUGGACUAACAGAGCCAUUAUUCUGGCAGCAGAUUUUGCCAGUAAUGGUAUCUACAACUUUGUUGUACCACUACGUUCUCAUGCUCGACCUAAAUCUAGCCUGAACCCUAUUGUGUUAAUGCUGGGUAAUAUACCAGACACUGCCUUCCUUGACACGAUUUGUCACUUCCCUCUUGUCUUCUGGAUGAUAGGAUCCAUUGAUUCCAUUGACAAUCUCCUACAAGCUGGGAUAAAUAUGGCUGACAAUGUGGUGAUUGUGAACAAAGAAACAUCAAACUCUGCUGAAGAGGAUACAUUGUCUGAUUGUAACACUAUAGUUGGGGUCCAGACCAUAUUUAGACUAUUUCCAAGUGCCAAUAUUAUAACGGAGUUAUCCCAGUCAUCGAACAUGAGAUUUAUGCAAUUUAGAGCCAAUGACACAUACUCCUACACCUUGUCAAAAAUGGAAAAGAAAGAGAGAAGUCGUGGUUCUCAUCUCUCUUAUAUGUUCCGACUUCCAUUUGCUGCUGGAAAUGUGUUCAGUGCCAGUAUGUUAGAUACUUUACUAUACCAGGCAUUUGUGAAGGAAUAUCUGAUAACAUUUGUGAGACUUCUACUGGGAAUUGACCAAGCUGUUGGCUCUGGACAUCUGUCAUGUAUGAAAAUCAAAAAAGAGGAUCUUUGGAUCAGGACUUACGGUCGAUUGUAUCAGAAAUUCUGCUCCACCACAUGUGAGAUUCCUAUAGGGAUCUACCGUACUCAGGUUCACCAUGAGCACACAGGGGACGCCACUUCACCUAAUGCGUCCAUGGUAGUACGCGAUCAGUCCGCCCUCAACUUAGCCUUUAGAAAUUCAGUUAUUCGCCGGAAGCCACGACAGUCCUCAACUUCCUCCUCCACUACCACCAAUAAGAAACCUGAAAAUGUAUCACUCAGCAUGAUGGGACUGGAACAUGAUGACAGCGAUGCUCACAUGACACCAGAGCGGCACGAGAUUAGUCAGAUGGUCAAGUCUCGAAUGCAGAGUCUUGGUCUGCCAAUGUCAGAUUAUGAUUGCGGUAACGAGAAGCGUAACAACAUUUCCUAUGUGAUCGUCAACCCUAGCUAUGAUCUGCGUCUUGAACUGGAUGACAUAAUCUAUGUUAUUCGGCCAAGCUCCCUGUCACCACAAGCUUCUCCCCUCAUUGACGAGAGGAAGUUACAUCAGUACAACUCAAUGGGGAAACGGGGUGAGCCAACAGGUGCAGACAACUCCGACAUGGACACUCGCAGUUCAAACUCUGCAAAGCCAAAUCAGGAUGAAACAUCAACACCAGCUUCAACAUCAAGGAGAGUGAAAGGGGGGAUAAUGAAGGACUCCAGUAGUAGGAUCCCAAUUAUCUACAUGGAUGAUGAUUCUGAAGAUGAAGAUAACGAUGACAAUUCUACACAGCCACCGCUUGAUGUCAGUGGUUGUAGUAGCCCUACUGGUAAUGGACAUCCCAUUUUUCACCUGGAUAGUGUUGACGAUAGUGUAGUAAACAUACCUGAUCAACAUCCAGAUUGUCCGGUCGAGGGAUUGAAAGGCACAGUUGUAUGACGAACACUGUCCCUUCAUUUAUCAUACUGUCGUGUUCCCUAACAUGGUUAGUAGAUGUUGGUAUUACAGAGAUCAACAGCAAUAUCCCCAAGAGAUACACACCGAAUAACACGAUCUGCAUGACGUUGAUGUACACCAACAACCGAGAUGUACCAACACUGCACCUCAAACAUGUCCUAGUAUGUUGAUCACUUGUAUUUAUUUAAACAGGGUAAGAGUAAGCUUAUUAAAAGUCAGAAGAUAUCUGUUUAAACAGUGAAUUCAUGCAUCUAGGUUUGUUACUGUACCAACCACCUUAUGGUUCUGGCCUGAAGUACCAUUUCUUGGGUCAUAUAUUUGUCAAAUUUGUAACUGUAGAAUUUUUUACAAGAUUCCAUUUGCUUUGCCAUCCAACAUCCACUGAUUUAUCAGUUACAGAAAAUGUAGCAUGCUAUCAAUUGCAAAGAUUUUGAAGGAAAAUUAGAAGACAACUUUCGGAUAUUGCGUGCUUGAGAUAAGACCACAAGAUGAAAUAGACUUUUUGUCGAAAGACAAUUGAAACAUUCUAUAGGAACAUUAUUUGGUUUCUUAAUUUGUAAUCUGUUUCUUUGUCAAUAAGUCUUCAUUUGAGAAAGAGGAAUUCUCAACAAUGGGUAGUAUCUGUAUUGAACUGAAUGAUAUAAUAACCUGUGCAUGCUUUGAUGUACCUUUUUCCCUCUGAAAAGGUAACAUGUUAAUGUUAAAGACGUUGGAGAAGGUAUUUAGUGUAGAAAAGACAGUUGCAGAAAUGUAACUUUUAUUUAAAAGAAUGUUCCAAUUACUAUUUAACAGAGUUAGUACAUUGUUAACAAUUACAGUGCUUUAUUAUAUAGACUGUAUCUAAUAUAGUUUGCUUUUAAAGCAGAGACACAUUUUUGAAAGUUUUACUCUCUUUCAAUGAUGUUUUAACAUCAGUUUAAGUGUUCAAAUUAUGAUGGCGUUGACUGGCUUUUGCAUUGAUAUGUUGUAAUGACACAUUUAUUAUAUUAUUAUUGUCAGAUUUUCAGAUUUUCACGUUUUCUGAACUUAUUGAUGUUAAGCUAUGUUGGAUAACACAUACGCUCAGUUGAUAAAGUUUACAUUCAGUUGAUGCUAAACUCCCUAUUCACAAGUGUAUAAUAUCCUAUGCUUCACAGUGAACAACUACCGCUACUUGAAAUUCAAGGUUACUUUUAUAAUGCUGUUCUACACUUGAACUGAUAAUUAAAUACAUGAAUGAUAUUUUUAAAAUUUUGAAGGAAUUUUGCAAGAGGUGCAAUUAAAGCUUAGA